AUGCGCGGCGACGGGACCGCGCCUCGAUUCUACAAGAAGGUGGAAGUCGUGCGGGUAGAGAACGGUGGUGGUUGGGGCGUUGCCCUGGAUGGCAGGGCGCUCAAGACCCCGAAGCGAGCCGCGCUGGCGGUCCCGAGCAAAUCUCUCGCUAUGGCUAUCGCCGCGGAGUGGGAGUGGCAGAGCGGACGAUCAAUUCGCCCUUUCACCAUGCCACUCAUGGCGCUCGUGGCGACCAGCAUCGACCAGAUGACCCAGGAGGAGGUGCGCGAUUUUCACGUGCGCAAGCUCCUCGAGUUCUUCCCGACCGACGUCGUUCUCAUCAAGCACGAGCCGGGAAAACUCGCGGACAGGCAAGCGGAAAUCCACGCCCCGAUCCUGAAGUGGGCGCGGAGCGAGCUCGGCCCCGGGGUGGAGCCCACGGAGAGUCUGUACGGAGCACAGAUCCCCGAGGAGGCCAUGGCGGCGGCGGAGAAACGGCUCCGAGCGAUGGACCCCUUUGAACUCACCGCCACGUUCAACGCGGCAGCCUCGGCCAAGUCAUUGCUGACGGGCAUGGCACUCAUUCGAGGGGCGAUCGACGUGGAGCAGGCGGAGAUGUCUGCGAGGGUGGAGGAGGACUUUCAGAUCGACGAGUGGGGGCUGGUGGAGGGCGGCCACGACAUCGACAAGGCUGACAUCGCUGUGCGACUAGCCGCGCCGAGGGCGCUGAUGUCGUUGCUGAGGGACACGUUAUGA